CAGUGUCAGACAGACAAGAAGUUGAAACGGAGUGACGCACUCUAGAAAAAUAUUGAUCCCAAUUUUGUACAACGCUUUUAUUAUUUUGUUCUAUUGUGUUCCUCUUACAUGUGGAAAACGAAAGUAUGGAAUCUUAGACAGUGAAAUAUUUAACCAUCGACAUGGUUGUAUCACCGCAAAGUCCCGCUAGCGAAGGCCUAAGCGUUCAAUCUAAAAACAAUAUGGCGUCCAAACAAACUUCUGUAGCAGACACAAGAGCAGAGCUAGCAGAUUUGGUAAAAAGGAAAGCCGAAGUUGCUGAAACCCUAGCUAAUUUAGAGCGACAAAUUUAUGCAUUUGAAGGCUCGUACUUAGAGGAUACUCAACUCUAUGGUAAUAUUAUAAGAGGAUGGGAUCGCUACUUAACCACCAACAAGAGUACAAACUCAAAAGCAGACAAACGUAACAGGAAAUUUAAGGAAGCAGAAAGAUUGUUUUCGAAAUCUUCGAUUACAUCUAUGGCUGCUGUAAGUGGUUUAGUUGAUCCUGCCGAAGCCAAAAAUGAAAGAAAUAGUGAAACUGAAUCUCAAACUAAUGAGGAUUCAUCUGACACUCAGAUUAGCAGUGGUCUAUUAGGGAAUAUGAACCAUACUACGAUACACGGUUCCACUGAAAGUAUUGCAUCUAAACCAGCUGGGAAACAACACACAAAUGGUAUUGAGAAAAGUUUGAGCCAUCAAACUAAACAAAGUGUAACACAAAAAAUAGCAACAUCAUCUGGAAUGCUGCAGAAAGCAUUUGGCAGUGAUAGUAAAAUAUUAGCAGGAGUAGGCUUAGACAGCAGACCUAGCACUCCAAAAGAGAAAGAAACCACUAUGAAUAGUUUGCUAAGCAAAGGAGAUUCAACACCAAACUCACUCAAACACAAACUGGUAAACAGUGGUGGUGGGGGUGGUAGUGUGAAGAAGAGUAACAAUAAAAAAGCAAGACAUAGAUAAGGAACAAUAAUUUAUGUCGAGAACUCCUUUACUCAAUAAAUGAGAGAAAUGCAAUAUUGAUACACCUGAAAUGUGCCUAAAUCUUUGUUUAUUAACACGUUUAUAUAACAGUAAAAUCACAAUGGUUAAAAUAUGCAUUUUAUUUCUUUGGUCAAUAGUAAAAUAAAGUUGUAAAAAAGA